UACACACAAAAAUUAAACAAAGCUCUAAAAUCUUCUCUCUCUCUAUAGCUCUAGUGGUCUCUCUCUCUGCUUCUGUAGCUGAUAGGGUCAGCUUCGUCGGCGCUAUUUUUGCCUGAUUUCACGGAGAUUAUUUGAGAUCUGACCACUUCUUCUUCUUCUUCUUCCUUGUGCUGAUCUGGUUUCUUCUUCUUACUCUCCUAUUCCAUGGAUGCUUCGUCCUCGUCCUCCUCGGCGCACUGAUUCCGUCGUCGACUUUAAUUUUUUUGAAACCACUCAAGAUUGUUUUGAGCAUUUGCUGUAGAAUGGGAGGCUAAAGGAGUAUCUGAGUGAAACCGUUAGUGCUUUGGCCAAGAAACGAUGGAGUGCCGUAUGGAAACGAAGAAGGGUUCGAGUGAUCGGCCACCUUUUGUGGCUGCUGAGAAGAAAGUAUUGAAUAAAGAAAGCUCAAAGUCGUUUACACCGGAUAAGUUCAGAGAUGAUAAACGCGGGUUAUCUUAUUCCGAUUUCCACCGCGAGAUCACGAAAAAAGUUGAAGAUGUCUGUCCUAAACGCUUGGAGAACCGUCUCAAGUCGCGGAUAGGUAGAACUGCGUCAGGAGAAAGGGACCUUGUGAAAUACAAGUCCUAUGUUCCGAGUUAUAUAAAGAAAUAUGAAAAACAUGAAGAGAAGGUUGUUAAAGCUGGUGGCAUUGGUUUGCUGGACCUAAGAAAUAGGCAAUCAGGUGAUAAACAAGUGGAUAAGCAUACCAGGUCUUCCUUGUCUAACACUAGCACAUCGUCGUCACUCUGGACUGAUGAAUCAUCAACUGACUCCAGCAGAGGUCUGUGUGCUUCUCCUUUUCGUAAAAGAGUCAAUCACCCUCCAUUGCAGUAUUAUCUGAUGUCAUCUAAGCCUGGAGAUAAUUUUCAAGAUUUGGAUCCACCUCGAGAUGAUGGUGAUAUGUCCGAAAGUCAUAGCUUUUUGCCAGGAAACAUCACAGACAGACAAAGAGAUACCUCAAUAAGAGAUGGACAGUUUCAUCAAAGCCCUCGUGCAACUGCAUUGCCACCAAAUGACAUGAAAGAUUCUGAUUUUAAGAUUGCUCCAAAAACCAGAACUUUCUUGAGUCCAUCAAAGCCAGAUAGUCCUUCUUGCACAAGGAUAAUAUCAAGGAAUCUAGCCGAGGACUUUAAGAAAAAAGGAGAGAAGAUGGAAGAGAGAAUCCGAAAUCCUCGUGUUCAUGAUUUGUUUGGAAAAGAAAAGCCUGCUGCUGUAUUUGUACCAGGAAUUGUUUCUCAGAAACAGAUUAUUGGUUUGUCCAAGUUCUAUGAUUCUAAAGUGUUGCUGGCUGAGAGGGUGGCAGAAACAAAGGGGUUCUCAGAAAAGUUGGCGUAUGGGAAGGUUGCAGUCCUGGACUCUGGACGUGAAGCUGAUGGAAGUAAACCGUUCUUAAAGCGUAUCAGCUUCUUGAGUUCAGAAAGAUCAUGUUCAGCUCCACGAUCAAGAAAAGCUGAAUCGAGUCCCUCUAGGAGCAGGACUCUAGAUCGAAGGUCAGCAGAAACAUUGCCCAAACAGUCAGAUCAGAAACCAGCUAAAAUUGUUUCUGAAAGAGCAAGAAGCAUUUCACCGUUUCGUCGACUCAGCUUCAGCAUUGGAAAGUCCAGCAAAAACUCCAACACUGAAGAUGCCCAGACUCCUCCCCACUUAAGCGCAUCACUUAUUUCAUCACGAGCUGGUUUAGACAAUCUAUCUGCCUCUUCUUUAAGUGACAGCUCUUCUAUUGAUAAAACCAGUGCAGUAAACAGAGGCAGGUCCAGUCCAUUGAGAAGGUUACUCGAUCCUUUAAUAAAACCAAAAUCAAGCCAUUCAUGUCGAUCUCCUGAGCCAUCACAAAAGGAUGCCCCUUUGAGUCACCAAAAGCAUAUGCUUUCUGACAGUCAACCAUCUUCAUCCCUUCUGUCGAGUAAUGGAAAAACUUCAACUGUUCAGGCUCUAUUUCGUGUGACAUCUAAGAAUGAUCAACCACUUUUCACUUUUGCGGUUGAAAAGGAACAAAGUAUUACAGCAGCCACAAUAAGAAAACAGACGCCGCCAGAAAAGGAAGACUAUGGACAUAAGUAUACGUUUUUUACUGUACAGGAAGUACAGAAGAAAAAUGGAAAAUGGAUGAACCACGGCAGGAAGAUGCAAAACCAAGAGUAUACAUCAAACAUUGUUGCUCAGAUGAGAGUUUCCGGUUCUAAGCCUCUGAUUUUCGCUGGAGAAAGUGCUGUUGAUAAUCUCACAACCAGAGAAUUUGUACUCUUUGCAUCUGAAUCGCAGCGGACUAACGAGCUAGCUGCCAUGGUGAUCAAGAUCCCAAAAAUUUCUGACACAAGCUCAACAAAAGACACCACACUUGGAGAUUACUUUGCAGAUGUUGACGCAACAGUGGUACUUCCAAGUGGAAUUCACAGUCUCCCACACAAAGGAGGGCCUUCGUCGCUGAUCCAACGAUGGAAAUCAGGUGGAUCAUGUGACUGUGGAGGCUGGGACAUUGGCUGCAACCUUAGAAUCCUUACAAAUCAGCAUAAUAAACCCCGAAACCCUUCUCCCUCCACUUCAGAUGCAUUUAAGCUCUUCUUUCAGGGAGGAUCACAUGAUAAUAACAACCAGCCAUUCUUGAGUUUCACUCCAUACAGAGAAGGUGUUUACGCGGUUGAGUACAAUACAUCACUUUCACUCUUGCAAGCAUUCUCCAUUUGUAUAGCGAUUAACGAGGGACGGAAUCCGUCAAAGACAACAGAACCGAAUAAUACUUCAUGUGUAGACAACAACAAAGCUUAUGGAGGAGAGAUGUCAUCGAUUCAAAACGAGAGGUUGAAGUCAUUUUCAGGUCCUAUUGAAGCUGAGGCUCCUGCUAGGUAUCUCUCACACCACCCACCUUUGUCUCCUGUGGGAAGGGUUUAGCCGUUUAGUUGCUUCGUCAAAUAAAUCUGGCUAUAUAUGUUUCUUUAUAUAUAUUUCUCUUUUUUAGUCUCUGAUGGGGGAAGCGUAAGUUCAAUGUAAUUACGGCGUGGAAGUAGAUUACGUUAUAUAGAAAUUUGUGAAACUUGUUUUUUAAUCACAUUAAUAUUUAAGCAAAUAAAAAACUCCUAUUGUUUUGCCUCUA